AAAAGCAGCACGCACCAGCAUUUGUGAAAUCUGAAUUGAGUGCAGAGAGGGAGAGAGAAACAAGAGAGAAGAAGAUGGGAGGAGGACAUGGAGAUGGCAUAACGUACAAGGGCGUUACCAUCCAUCAGCCGAAGCGGUGGCACAGUGUCACCGGAAAAGGCCUUUGCGCCGUCAUGUGGUUUUGGGUACUUUACAGGGCCAAGCAAGAUGGUCCUGUAGUGCUGGGUUGGAGACAUCCCUGGGAGGGCCAUGAUGAUCAUGGUCAUGGGCAUGAUGAACAUCAUUAGAUCUCUUGUUGAAGAACCAAGAGUGGAAAUCAUCAAGGGAUUUAUUGUUGGGAGACUGGUGCAAAUGUGAUCGGAGCAUCUUUGUUGAUUUCUGUUUAAUAAAGUGAUUGUGAAAAAGAGUGUGAUGGGCAGCUUAUGUCCAGGACAUCAAACUUUGUUUCAAAAUGUUAUAAAUCAUAUUGUAUGCUGUAAACAGAUUGCGAUGUUGAAAGUAGUUGGAUUUGCUUUUGCUCUAGCUCUGAUAAUA